UGAUUCCGAAUUGAUUGUGAUGGAUGGGGGAAAUGGAAAUGAUUUGAUUCGUGAUCAUAUUAAUUCACAUAGAUGUAGAAAGGGCCUGCACUUACCCUCACCCCUUGAGAGUGGGUAGAUUUAGCUCGCUUAUGCGAUUGAGUGUUGUGGUUGCAUGAGCACCACGGAUUGAGUGUUGUGGUUGCAUGAGCACCACGGAUGAUGAUUUGCUCGAGCGAGGGUAAGUGUAUGGUGACCUUGGCGCCAUUAAUAAUUAAUCGGAAUUUUCAUAUCAUGCAUUGAUUAUGUGUGUUCGUGAAAUUAUGUGAUUAUCUUAUUUGAUAAAUUGAAUUGGUGAUGAUGAGUUGGUGGAUUCGAUAAUUUGAUCGGUAAUUUUUACAUAUGAUGAUUUAAGAUGGCAUCUAGAGUACUAAAUUGUGAUUGAUUACGAUUGUUUGAUUAGCUGAUUGCGGUCCCAAAAUUAGGUCGUGGGAAAGAUCCACGCACACAGCUUAGUUGCUGACCCACGUCUGUUUUCAGGCUCACAGGUGCAACUAGGAUCGGACUACUGAGGCUGCCCUAUCCUUCUGUACUACCCUCAUGAGGUAGUUUGGAACACUGUUCUGUCAUGGUCACCUAGGAUUUCUGCUCUGAGUGUUUUCAAUAAUAACCCACAUUUUGUAAAAUUCAAUAAGUGGGUUGGGGAUCGAAUAAUGAGUUUGUAUGAUAACGCUUUAUGGUUGUGUUUAAUAAUCGGAUAUGAUGUUUGAGAUGAUUGAGUUCAACCAGUAACACCAAGGAUUUGGCUGCGCGGUUGAACCACGGGUUCAACCAUAGAAUUUCUGGGUGGGGUGUUACAGGAAUAUUCUAUUCAUUCAUUUUGGUACAUGAAUAAUUUGAUUCCUUUUUCUUCCCUUGAAUACCAUGAGAAGUGAUUGUUCAAAAAAAGAAAGAGGUUAAUUACCAAGCAAGUGUUAAGAGGAAAAGCGGGGAACAUUUUUGAGGGAGUUGGUAUACACAACGGAAGUAGAAAAAAGGCAUCGGAUUCUUUCAAGAGAUCGAGAGGUAGAAAAAAUAAAUAAUUGAGAUGUGGGAGUUAGCUGAUUUUGGAUAUAUGGCUCUCUUUUUAUUUCCAAAAUGCCAAAAGGGUUUUGCUUUUGAGACACCUUAUAUAUAUGGAGUGCAAGUGGGGAGGAUGGAUGGAUAUUCAAAUCCCAAUGCCACAUCUCUAGCUUCUUGCCUCCCACACAAGUGGAUUCCCAACCUUGAAACCCUAGAAAAUUAAGAAAAAUUACUAUACACACUAAUCAUGUGUUGUAGACUUGUAAGUUGUAAUAAGCUCACAUCUAUGUCGAAUUGUAUUGGACUAAAAAUAUUGUGUUCUAGAGUACAUGGCAUCAAGUGCUUUGUGGAACAUAUGAUAUGAUGUAUAUAAGAAUCUGAUUGGUAUAUGCAGACAAAUAUGUUGGGAAACAUAAUGUUUAUAGCAUUUUGAGAGUGAUGUGUUUUGUAUUUGUGUCCGGUCGAUGAUGAAUGCGUGUUCCCUUCUACAAAGAGAUUAAAAAAAACCUUAUGUUCACCUAGUCCAAAUGAUUGAAGAAUGAAUGAAAAUUGAUGUUCGGAGUAUCAUACUUGAGUUGGCAAAUCGAAAGACAAAGUGGUAAUUGUACCACAUUGGUUAUAACAUGAUGUUAGAAACUGAAAGCGUUUCAUUUCAUGGGCUCUUCAUUUUUAUGAUUAGUGAAAAUAAGCGGAAGGAAUCAAGACAUACGACACUACCAGCUCCUCGUGUGGGGCAGGAGACAAGUUUUUUUUUUUUACAAGGUUAAAUGGUGUCUUCAAGAUAUACACAAGUAAAUUUGAACUGGACACGUCCAUAACAUGAGUUCAACACCUUAGUUACAUGGAGUGCAACUUCAUUGGCAGGUUGAAGAACUCAUUGUUGUGCUCUAUUUUUUUCAUAACGUUUUCACGACACUUUUAAUUUCAUCAUUAACCUAGAUUUAUCAUGGUUUGCUAUCUUAGAACGUUUGAUGUUGAUGCUCUUAUAACUGAGUUUGCCCAUUAAAAAAAACAACCAUCUAAUAUGCAUUAUGAUGAGUAAUUAGAUACAAACCUCAUAACAGAGGAUAUUCAUUAGCCAAUCAUAGAGAUGAAAGGAGACAUACGGUCAAAGAUGGCAUAUUUAUAUUAGAAUGGGAAAGAUGCUCGUUAGAUAGAUAGGUUUAAUUAUUCCCGCUUUACGUUAUGUUCUUAAUAAUUGAUAAUUAGUUGAUAACACCUUGCUGCUAUUUGCUAAUUGCUGGAUGAUCAGAGUUGUUUAUUUAUAAUUUAAGUUGAAAGUGGCAUUCGUGCAUAUCUUUGAAUUGCCAGACAUAAUUUCGGAGUUGUUUAUUUAUAUCAGGUGUUUCAAUAAAUAAAAUUAAUAAUUAUCCUCUUAAUUCACUGGUUGUUGAAUUCCGCUUCUUGCAUAUCGAGUUAAUGAGCGACGGAGCGAGACUCUACACGUGUUUUUUUCACAUGUUAGACUUACUAAUUCUUUCUAAUUAUUAUUUUUUGCUGAAUAUUUAGGGGAGCGGUUACGGUGCUAAUUGUACAAUAGUUAGCACCGUCCUAACCAAGGGAAAAACUACUACUAGUUUGAAUUAGUAGUGAUUUAGCUUAGAUGUUGUAUUGAUUUUAUAAUAAUCCGUAGUGAUUUCGUUAUUUUUAGUAGCGUUUUUUGUUAGUUAUCACGGUGCUAACCCCUAUAAGGAUUAGCACCUAAUCCCAUCCCAAUAUUUAGUCGUGGGACAACAACUAAAAUUGCAAAUGUUCUUGUCUCUAACUUGUAACAAUAUAUUGUGUUUAAAACGAGAUCCAAAAAUUUAUUAUGGUGAAUUUGAGCUAAAAGAGUUGGAAAGUUACUUAGGGUGCUAUAUUUGGGAUUAGUAUAUCUUGGAUUUUCAUCUAUAUGAGAUUUAUGCGACAUAGUUUUUAACUUUUUAUUAUCAAUUUGAAUGAAUUGGUAUUGUAUUCAAAUUUCAAUGACAAAUUUGAGGAUAACAAGAUGUGUUAUUGGCAAUAACUACUAAAUGCCAUAUUUUUAGGCAUUCUUUGACUGCAGGCCGACGCGGGGGCUGUGUUUACUAUUUAUGGGCCGUAGCCCGUUGUGGGUCAAGCCCUCUAGUCUAAAACGUGUGGGCUUAUCAAAUUAGGCCUCCACCCCUGGGCUUCUUUAUUAUUGUCUUGCUGCAGAAUGGGAUUUGGGUGAUUUCCCCUGCUUGGUUACUAGCCACUGAACCGCCUCUCAAGCUGAGAUCAUGACUUUCUUUUCUCCACAAUGGUUGUCAAAUCCUUUGAUUUCUGAAGUUUUUCGACAUUCACUUCAGUUGCAGUCUUUUGGACCACAAUCCAAUGCCUAUGUCCCUGCUCCAGUACUUAAGCACGGGGAGAACGUUACGGUAUAAAGCUUCACAUAAUGCUCUUAAAGAAACUGCAUUCAGCUGCUAAUGUGAUCAACUGGAAUGGCCAUUGUUUACCCUUUGCUUAAUUCUUAUUCAGGAUUCUAAUUUGUGAAGGUGAUACUAGAGCUGGAAUCGAUUUCCUAGCCCCGAACUUUUGAUACACUUAGUUGAUCAUCAAGGCUUUAUCUGUGGUUUAAGGAAACAAAACUUGCAGAGAUUGGAUGUACUCUUAACUCCCUUGUACAUUGCACUGAUGCUCUAAUGGUGGGUGCGUCUUGCUCUAAACAACACAACGAAGAAGACGGUAUGCCAUGCAUGCAAUCUCAAUAUAUUUGGAAUCAAAUAUCCAGAUCUGAAGAGGGGAUGUUCUGUUGCAAGAAGACAGCUCUUGGUUUAGAAGUCGGUCUUGUAGUAAAUUGUAAAGGUUGGAGUUCAAUACCUAGUUUCCAAGGCAAGCAUUUUUUGGCCAGUUAUUCAAAUCCUUUCUUUAACCUAGAGGGCAAUGUAUCAUAAAGGCUACAUGAUAUUUAGCCAAACUAUCACAGACAAAAUCACAUCUCUGUUGAAAUCAAUGCAUUCAACAAUUCUAGUUACUAAACGAACCCUAAGCUUGCUAUUGUUGUAAGCUUUCAACGAGGUAAGGGAACUUCAGGCAUACAUUUGAUUUGCUAAAAGAGCAACAAAUGAUGAAGCCAUCGUAGUAGAGGCAAAAACUGUAACAUAGCACAUCAGAAACACCAUCAGGAGAGGUGAAUUAUUUUAUCUGUAUUAUGCAAAACGUAAAAAAAAUCCUCUCUUAGGACUGAUACAUAGUUCUACAAGGUGAAAUCCUACUACAUUUCCCGACUUAUCUGACGAAAAUUUUACAAAACAAAGAAAAGAUUAUUUGGAAGGGGACGACUCUUCCUUUGAGCUCGACAUAGCUGCUGAAGCUGCCAUGGUCAUAGCCGUUGCAGCGGCACCGAGCUUUGCACCACCAGCUGCCUUCAUUGCACCAGCUACUUUUGCGAACACUGCUAUUCCUCCAACAAGUACAGCCCUGAAUGCAACCGUUGGCUUUAUCGCCAUUUUCUGCUGUCUGCAACACCGGAUGCCAUUUCCACAGUCAGCAACAGAAACUAGCAGGCAGCAAAUUCAAUCAUUCGCUGCCCCAGUUUGUGAUAACAAGAGAUUCGUAUGUUGCAUCUCUUAACCAUAAUUCAAGCAUGCUCAGGUUUUCUAUAAUCGUGAUUUGGACAAAACGUUUCACAUUCUGUUGUAAGGUAAGCUGAGAAGGGUUUGGUCAAUGCAACAUGUCAAAUGCAACAUAAAAUUCCGGGGAGGUACCAUAGCACCUUAUAGAACCCAAAAGGCAAAAGGUGAAAAGCCUUUCUGAUAGAACAAGUUAAAGAAAAACCCCUACUCUUUCAAAGGAUUAUAUGAGUUCUCUCAGUUAGUAAGUUGCAGAAGACAAACUGAAGAAAAGGUUACCCCGUCUAAAGCUACAAACGGACAGAGAAGAACCUAGACCCUCCUAUGCCGGGAAAAUAAGAUUUGUAUAAUGCUGAAUAUAAAUUUCAAUGUAGCUUAACAAUGCCAAAGAUGCAAACCAUCUCAGAUGCUCAGUUUGUUUAGUAUGAUCUACACUGUCAACAUACCAUGUUUUGAGUAACCUACAGAGUUAGCCAUUCCUUCCCGGGCAAGGUGUGAAACAAAAGUCCUGUAGUUAACAUAAUGCAACCGAAGCUAUAAAGAUGAGGACUGCCCAUCAUUUGCCGCAUUCAUUAUUAUCACAUAUUAACCAUUCAAGACAACAUCAACCCAAUAUGCUAACUUUUCCAUCACAUUUUAACCCAACAACUGCCCAUUGGAAAAGCAACAACUUUUCCAAUCCUUCAAGCUACCAACAGAAACAAAACUCGGCCUCAGAUUGUGUAACUACUCCCCACAGACGCAUAAUGAAGCACCAACCCAAUUGCUUGCUCAAUAAUGUAUGUAAAACACAACUGCUGUUCAUUUAGAUGGCAUAAACAAUCCCUAGGUGAACAAAUGAUUCUGACAAGACAUACAUUCCUAUGUUACGCCUACGAAGGAACUUCUAUGUCAAUUACCAUCAUGAAAGAACUCAGAAACUAUUUUCUCCAUCUCCCCCAAUUUCUCAGCAUUAACUAAGAACCCUAUCAAAAGGUUAAAAAGUUAUGCUCCUCGAGACAUAUCAAAGCUAUCAUCUUUACCAAGUUCAAAAUGUGAUCAGCCUCAACAAACCAAAAGCUAAGAGAUGAAGAACAAGAUGGAAUUGAAACCUAACCUUCGGAAACAAGUUCUCCAAAAGAAAGGCAGAAUUUUCUUCUCUGGGUGAUUGCUUUUUGUUGCUUUCUCCUGGAAAUCUGCAGAAGCGGGAAAAAGGAUUUUUUUUUGCCGGGGAUCAAGAGAGACAGAGAGAUCUUAUAAGAGAAAGAGACCGAGAGCCCUCGAUUUGUCUCCCUCCUUUUCUUUGUUCGUACGAGCUGAAAAUGAGGGCUUGCGUUUGUUUGCUCAAUGGUCUCUGUUGGGUUUCUUCUGCCAAAGAUCAUAUAUUACCGAAAAUUUAUGAGAAAAAAUUGCACUUUCUUCGGUAAUAUAUGAUCUUUCCUAUUUCCUAGCCACCAUCACCAUUCGAGUUAACUUUCCAUGGUCACUGAACUUCAAUAUAUAACUUCCAUUUACAAUCACAAAAUUUAUAAAGCUUACAUAUUUUGACACAUUAGCAAUGUAGGAAUGGCAAUUGAGCCCGACAAGCAAUAGUCUUUACAUUUAUGUUUCCCACUAUUAAGCGCACAUCAUGUUGAAUAAUAUCAUCUAAGAUGGAUGCUUCAGAACAAAGUUAAAACAAGAUACAUACUCUAUCUCACAUUACGUACAAAUCAUGAUAGAAUAAGUCAAGACAAUUCGG